GUCAGUGCAUUUCUUGUACCAAGAUCAUUCAUCUGAGUACAUCUCUGGCUGGCAAAUUGCUGGGGCCGUCAGAGCCUGAUUGAAUUACUCAGCUCCAAGCAUUAGAUCAUCUCACUAAGGUGCAAUUGCACUGGACCUGGGAUGGCUCCCGAGGUCAGCUGCUGCUUUCUGGUGGUGCUUCUUUCAGCCAGCUGUGAAGUUAUCACCUCCUCCGAUCAGAUGUGCAUUGAGAAAGAAGCCAACAGAAUAUAUAACUGUGAAAAUUUAGGUCUCAGUGAAAUUCCUGACACUCUACCAAACACAACAGAAUUUUUGGAAUUCAGCUUUAAUUUCUUGCCUACAAUUCAAAAUACAACCUUCAGUGGGCUCAUCAACCUUAUCUUUUUGGAUUUAACCAGGUGCCAAAUUAACUGGAUACAUGAAAAUGCUUUUCAAAGCCAUCCUCAGUUGAGCACACUUGUGUUAACUGGAAACCCCCUGAUAUUUGUGGCAGAAACAGCACUUAAUGGGCCCAAGUCACUGAAGCACUUGUUCUUAAUCCAAACUGGAAUAUUUAGCCUUGAGUUUAUCCCAGCACACAAUCUGAAAAACUUGGAAAGUUUGCAUCUUGGAAGCAACCAUAUUUCCUCAAUUAAGUUCCCCAAAGACUUCCCAACAGGGAAUCUAAAAGUCUUGGAUUUUCAGAAUAAUGUCAUACACUACCUUUCUAGAGAAGACAUGGAUUCUCUGAAACCAGCUACCAAACUAAGCCUUAAUUUCAAUGGCAAUGACAUUGAAGGCAUUGAGCCUGGGGCUUUCCAGUCAAUGGUCUUCCAAAGUUUGAACUUUGGAGGGACUGUUAACUUGUCUGUUAUUUUCAGUGGUCUGCAUAAUUCUACUAUUCAGUCUCUUUGGCUGGGGACAUUUGAGGAUACUGAAGACCAAGAUCUGAGUUCGAGCAUGUUUGAGGGGCUUUGUGAAAUAUCUGUUGAGAGCAUGAACCUGCAGAAACAUUCUUUCUCUAGUCUCUCUUCGGCUACAUUUCAGUGUUUCACCCAUCUCCAGGAACUGGACCUGACAGGUAACCACUUAAAAGAAUUACCACCUGGGAUUAAAGGUAUGAACUCACUGAAGAAAUUAGUUCUCAAUGUAAAUAAGUUUGAGCAAUUAUGUCAAAUCAAUGCUGAUAGUUUUCCCUCCCUUACACACCUCUACAUCAAAGGCAACAUAAAGAAACUCCAACUCGGUGCUGGUUGUUUAGAAAAAUUAGAAAAUCUACAGAAACUUGAUUUAAGCCAUAAUGAUAUUGAGGCUUCUGAUUGCUGCAAUCUGCAACUCAAAAAUCUGUCCCACUUGCAAAGCCUAAACCUGAGCUACAAUGAGGCCCUGGGUCUCAGGAAUGAAGCGUUCAAAGCAUGUCCUCAGCUGAAACUCCUGGACUUGGCAUUUACUCAGUUACAUAUUAAUUUUCCACAAAGUCCUUUCCAAAACCUUCAUCUCCUACAGGUUCUGAAUCUCUCUCACUGUUUCCUUGAUACCAGCAAUCAGUAUCUUCUAGCAGGCCUGCCAAAUCUCAGGCAUCUGAAUUUACAGGGGAAUCGCUUUCAAGAUGGGAAUAUCCCAAAGACCAACCUAUUUCAGAUGGUGGGAAGUUUAGAGAUUCUGGUUUUAUCCUCCUGUGAUCUCUCUUUCAUAGAUCAAGAAGCCUUCCACGGCCUUGGAAAUAUGAUUCAUGUAGACUUAAGCCACAACAACCUGACAUCCAGUAGCAUCAAUGCCCUCAGCCAGCUUAAGGGCACCUACCUCAGUCUGGCCAGCAAUAGCAUUUGCAUUAUUCCACCCCAUCUCCUCCCUAUCUUGUCCCAGCAGAACAUCAUUAAUUUAAGUCACAACCCCCUGGAUUGUACUUGCUCAAAUAUUCACUUUUUAACGUGGUACAAAGAAAAUGUGCAGAAACUGGAGGACUUCAAGGAGCUCAGGUGUGCAAAUCCCCCACCACUACAGGGAGUUCAGCUAUCUGAUGUCACACUGUCCUGUGGGAUUACAGCUGUGGGCACCUUCUUUCUGACAGUAUUUUUGUUCUUGUUGGCUGCUCUUCUCAUCUAUGUAAUUAAAUUCUUUCUCAGGUGGAAAUAUCAACACCUUUAGUGCCAAAGGCUUCCAGAGAAGACAAAUAAAUGUGUUUAAAAAAACACAUUUUGUAGAGAAACUUCAUCUGUUGGUGAUCAUACUUCUCAUUUAGUUCCUGGUGCUGGACUGGGAUUGAUUGUGCUUUUCUGAGCUUCUUACCCCUGAAAACCUUCCAUGGCAGGUAAACUGACUCAGGCCAAAACUCAGACGCUAUUGUGAGAGGCAUAGAGCCAUUUCCUUGUGUGGAAGGUGCGUGGAAGAUGAGGGAGGAAUUACUCAUCAUGAGGCCACCUGCCCUCCUCUCGCUAACAUCCCUUCCAGCACUUCCCACCCUGUCCUCGAAAGGAGAUCUCUAGGUCUCUCAUCUUGGCGAUAUUGCCGCCCCCCCAGUUUCCAUAUUGUGCUUGAGUCUCAGUUCUCACCAAUGUGUCCAUUUGGGAAAAGCAGUACAGGACAGUCUCCAGGCUUAUUUUAAAUGGAAAGAGGACAAUACAAUGAAUUUAAAAGAAAAAACUGAGAAAUGAAUACUGCUGUCAAAUAGACUCUGUUAACCUCUUUAAUCCUUGGUUUUCUAAGGCUUUUAUAAUGCCCCUAUCAUGCAAAUAACUACAAAAGACCCCCUCAGUAUCCCCAAGGUUUAGAAUUUUACUGGCCUCAUGCACUUCACAACCCAGGAGACUCCCAGCUGCCCAUUAGGUAUUCUGGCUUUUAUGUUGCAGGGCCAAUUUACAGGGGGGAUGUGGUCCAAAAUACUUCUUUCACUGGGUAUCUGGUCCUUACAAGUUGCUUUCCCACAGGAACCAUGAGAUAAAUGGUAGUUUGGUUCCUAGGCUGGCCCUCGAAAGCCUAUUUAACUUGGAGGCCGUUCAAGAGAGCACAUUCACAAUGGAAACCAGUGGAAGAAGCCAUCCCUUCAGAGCCACUGUUAGGAACACAAGAAUGCCAGCUUCCUGAAAAGUGGUUUUUGUUGAAGCUGAAGUUGUCAGCAAAGGCUGUGCCAGUGAUAGACUGAGGACAGUGUCAUUGAAUGAAAAUGGACAAAGAGGACAGGGAAGCUGGUAAUGUCAUGAUGUAGACCUUCUCAAGGCCCAAAGAGCUCUACUUCUGCAGGACUUGAUCUUCUCAAGUCUGGAUUACUAAGCAAGCUUGCUGGGAGCUCCUGUAUUUGGUUGCUGUGUGGACAGUCAACCUCCCCCUAUGCAUCCGUGGAUUCAAGCACCUGUGGAUGGACAAUAUUUGGAAAAAAAUCUAUAUGUACUGAAUAAAUAUGGAGUUUUUUCACAUCAUUAUUCCCUAAACAAUACAGAGCAUUUGCAUUAUCUUGGGUAUUAUAAAUAAUCUGGGAAUAAUUUAAAGUAUACAGGAAGAUGUGUAGACUACAUGUAAAUAUGCCAUUUUGUAUAAGGGACUUGCACAUCUGAAGAUUUUGUUAUUCAUAGAGGGUCCUGGAAUCAACUCUCUUAUGGAAACCAAGGGAUGAUUGUAAAGGCUUUGAUUAAGUGCUACCACUAAUUUUAGGUUAGAGAUGUUAAUUUAUACAUCUGAAAUUCUGAUUGGAUAUCAAAGUAAAAAUUGCUCAAAUGUAAUACCCAGUCAGAAUUUAUUAGCCCUAGGUGGGAACAUAAUAGGGGGGAGGGGGACAUUAUAACAGUGGAAAUGUUACAAUCAAUCUCCUCUUUGUCUCUUUUUCUCUCUCAGGAAAAUCAAUACAGGCUGAGCACCAGCUGUGGUGAGCCUCUUCCCUGUUCAGGAUUUCAGGCCUUUGCACUUGCUCUCUGCUUGUCUGGAAGGUUCUGCAGUCUCCAAAGGAGAUUCUGUCGCCCGCGUUUCCUCCUCUAGGGGGAGCUCUUCCCUCACCUAGGCAAUCCAAAUCAAUUUAUGCCACACCCAGUGCACUCCAGCACCUUCACUGUUUUAAUGUGCUUAUCAGUGUAUAGGAUUAUUUUCCUCCUUUCUUUCAAUUUGUCUUCUCCUGUCUCUCCUAAAUUUAAGCUUCACAAACAGGUCUUUGCCCAAUGGUGUCCUAGAACAUACCCGGACAAAGUAAGGACUCAAUACAUCUUUAAUGGUUAGUUGCUGGCAUUUUGCCUGGCCAGUGACUCCUGAGCCUUUAUCAGAACCUCUUUUUGCCCCUGUGCCCAUAUCCACUUAAUCUUAGCUUCAAUCCACAUUGCCAGUGUCCCCGGACCUCCCACAUGUUUCUUAUCAGAAUUUUCAGGAGAAUUUGCAAAAAGUGCAUUCUUAGGCCUUAAACCAAGAAACUGAGAGUCUGUUGGACAGAGGUUGGCUCUGUUUCUCAGCCUGAUUGACUCCAUUUAAAUCCUUUCUUACUCUUAAUGGCAAGUUUAUUUCUUCUACUCUCAUUUCAGAACACAGAAGAUCCACACUCUAAGAAUCCAGUCUUAACCAAAACUAACCCAUUUUGCUCCCUCUGUAUUCUGUUUUUAAACUGGAAAUGGGAAAUACUAAUUGCUAACCUACCACCCUGUAGCCACACUGUCCUUAAUAAUGUUUAAUGUGUUACUUGGAAACUCAAAAACAUUCUGCAGAAAAUCCUGAUGCAGAUUGCUUUACACUAAAGACAAUAAGGGCCUAAGCCUUAGCAAGACAUAACUGCUCAUCUUGCUUUCAUUUAUUAGGCAUACUCCCUUUCCAGUGAAGCAACUUGCUGCUCCAUAACUGCAUGCUGAUCUAAGGCUUUGUGACAGCUCCUCUGUUUUAAGCAACAGUAAAUUCACCCCCACAAAGUUAGAAAGUGAGCUUUUUGAUGGCUGCUGUCGAUUUUAUUGCUUUAUCUGGUUACUAGGAUAGAAUCUGUAGACAUGGUGCGUUUAUUGGUUUUAUGUAUUGCAUGUUGUUGCUGCUCUGACAAGCUACUCCUAUAAAAAUGUGUUAUUGCAUGAUGUAGCUCAGUGAGCUGACCCUGCAUUUCAAAGUGUACUGAAGAAAAUAGCUUUGAAGUCCAUAAAAGCUGACGGGCCUCCAUCAUAGAGGACUUUCUGCAUGAACUGCAAGUCCUACAAUCUGGGAAAGAAUUAUACCUUCCCCUAUCAGCCACCAUUGCUAUUGAGUACAGCUCAGUCCCAAACACAGGCAUUACCUGAAAAAUGCCAACACAGAAAACUUGUAUUAUUCUUACUUGUCCAACUCUUGGAUGAGUAUUGAUUAUGGAAUAACUGGCUUUUUAAUGUAUUCUCAUACUAGGAUAUAAGAGCAAAAAUUGACAGUGUUUCUAUCUGCUCUGAAUACUGAAGAGAUACUUAACUUGAAUUGCAGCAAGAGUGGAUGUGGUUAGUUCCAAGCAAGGCAGACCUGGGGGUCAAUUGUCUGAUACAUUGAGUCUCCUAGUUUUCUUUCUUAGUAAAUUACUUAACUUCAA